AUGAGCAGACCCGGCGCCUUCUUCGUUGGUGACAGGAUCCUUCGCAGCCACCGCAUCAUAUCAGCGGGUUCGUCGACAUCGUUCUGCAUUGUGAUCAUUGAGCUUCACUCAGGCGGAUUAGUAGCUAUGGCCAUCGAAAACCCCGGGGGUCUCAAAUUCGCUCGCGAAGCCCCAGCAAGAAACAUCGAGGUCACAAAUUUCUUGCAUGUCACCCAACCCGAGGGCAACUUUGUCGAGAGCAUAACGCGAGGUUGUCCGGCAAUCCACAACAUCCUGGCAACCUACUGCGAGCUCGACGCCGGCCAAAAAUUGCAAAUCUUCACCCACGGCGUCGCCUUCGAUCGCGGCUACUGGGACCACCCCUGCUACAAGUACAACUACCGCUACGUGGACCAGGCCAUGUCCCACAGCUACUCAACCUUCUCUCUGGAUGGCACGGGUGGCCCCUUCUUCGCGUUUGGUGGCAAUUUCGUCACUGCCAACAUUUGCCCGCCUCUGGCCGAGUAUCCGGACGGGUAG